AUGCCUGAAUUCGACCUCGCGUUCUCUGCGUCGCUUACAGAAGAGACUGGACACUUCAAGUUGCUUGAGUUGCCCACAGAAAUAUGUGCUCUUGUUGAAAACUCUCUGACUCCUUUGAGAUUUUCGGUCAAAGGCCAGUCUAGCGAAGAUGCGGUGCUCUGCACACCCGACGACAAGACAUACACUAUCCGCUCGGUGGUCCUUUCAAAUAACAUCCUCGUCGUCACAUCCGACCCUGAAAACGAUGCUGCCGUCGUUGUCCGCGAUCAGCUCACAGAAAUUUUAGAGCUCACACCUACACUUCCCAAGCUGGAGAAACUGACAGCCCUUCUCCGGGGAAGAGACCUCGACGAUGUGGCAGACAACGCGGAUGGAGAGCCUGAGCCAGGCAUUUCUUACGAAGACGCCAAGUCGCUGAUCCAGGCAAGCGACGGAGAACUCGCCAGUACCCUCCGGAAACGGCGCAUCCUCGAUAUCCGCGGCAAACUCCGUCCGAUUGCGCCAAGCUACCUCACGACUAUCCUCGAGACGAUACUCAACCACAUCGUCGCGCAGGGGCUCAAGCCAGAGGCCGUCCCCGCCUCAGAGCUCUCCGCGACGCUGGCGGACGAAAACGAGAUAUCAGUGGCGGUGUCGAUGCAGGUCAUGACCUGGUUCGGCAACCUUAACGAUGGCGUGUGGGUUUUGGAUGUUCCCGCUGUCCACGAGCCGCUCACGCGGGAAGAACUCUUGCGUCGAUGGAAGUUGGCUGUUGGCGACACAUUCGAGGCCUCGGUCGCGCUGGACUUGCUUUCGGGAAACUAUCUCGAAACGGCUUCGACAGGCCUGUUCUCUGCCGACACACUGACUUACUUCCCGUCGUCUGCACUUCCGGUGGAGCCAGCGAGUCGCUUUGCGGAUUUGUUUCUCACACGACAACGAUGGAGAGCAGAGGACAUUUCCCCAUUCUUAUCUGACAUUGCGCUCAACAACAAGGAGCGUGACAAGCUGCUACUAAAAUAUACGAGAACGACUACGGACUCGGGAGGACAAGUAUACUACACAAAAAGAUGA